AUGAUGAAAGAAGAAGAUCUUCCAAUAAAAUUUUGGGAAGAAGCAGUGACGACGGCGGUGUAUCUUAUCAAUAUCUCACCAACAAAAGUAGUCAUGAAUCGAACUCCAUAUAAAGCUUGGAAGGGCAGGAAGCCACUAGUAAGCCAUCUAAAAGUUUUUGGCUGUUUAGCAUAUGCUUUGGAUACUUCUCCUUCCCGUCUCAAACUUGAUAGUGGCAAAGUUAUUGUAAGUAGGGAUGUUAGGUUUAACAAGGCAAGAAGUUGGUCUUGGAAUGAUGGAGUUACUUCAGGACCAACAGGUUCUUUACUUCUUGAUGAUGCACAUGAGUCACCUAUUGCUGAAAAGUUGGCACCAAUAAUAUCUGAAAUAAUUGAAGAAUCUUCAGCAGAGCCAAGUCCACUUAGAAGAUCAACAAGAGAUAGGAAACCAAAUUCCAGAUACUCUAACAGUAUAUAUACUUCUUGUCAAUUUUCUCUUCUUGUUUCAGAUUCCAUUUAUUAUGUAGAAGCAGCUGAAAAAGAAGAGUGGCAGCAAGCAAUGGUGGAAGAAAUCAAAGAUGUUGAAAAGAAUAAAACGUGGGAAUUAGUUAAUUUACCAGAAGGAAAGAACAAGCACAAAGCUCGGCUUGUUGCAAAAGGAUAUGAACAGCAACAAGGAGUUGAUUUUGAUGAAACAUUCUCUCCCGUUGCACGCUUUGAAAUGGGUGUUUGGAUGACAAAAAAAGUACUUCUGGAUAUGUGUUCUCUCUUGGUUCAGGUGUUAUGUCCUGAAGUUCAAAGAAGCAAGAGAUUAUGGCGCUUGGAGGAGCUUGAACACAUCGUAAAGUGCCGAAAUGAAUUGGAUCAGAGUGUGAUUCUAAUUUUUUAUGAUGUGAUCCCAUCUUAUGUAAGCCAUCAAAAUUCACCUUUCGCUGAGUCGUUUUCUCAACACGAGGAAAAAUACAAAGAUGACAUGGAGAAGCUUCAAAGAUGGAGAGAAACAUGUAAGCGAGCUGGGAAAAUAUCAGGGUACCAUUUACAAGAGUGCAAGGAUGAGGCAGAUUGCAUCAAGAAGGUUGUUGAUUACAUAUUACCAAAUGUUAUUUCACCCGUUUCAGAAAGCUUGGUGGGUACUCAAAUUGACAAAGUAAUCUCAUUAUUACAUAUGAAAUCCAAUGACGUUCGCUCCAUUGGAAUAUGGGGAAUGAGCAGUAUUGGUAAGACAGAAAUUGCUAGUGUUAUAUAUGAGAGAUAUCAUCAUCAAUUUGAAGCUUAUUAUUUUCUUGGUGAUGUUGGAGAAAUGUACCGGAGAAAGGGACUAACAUGGCUGCAGAAAACUUUCAUCCGCAAGCUAUUGGGGAAAAAGAUUGUUGUAACUAGUGAACGUGAUGGAACCAUGAUUAUAAAUAAUGAGCUCCGCUGGAAGAAAGUUUUUCUUAUUCUUGACAAUGUAGACCAUCUAAGUCAACUAGUGCUUAUAGUUGGAGGGACUGAGUGGUUUGGAAGGGGUAGUAGAAUUUUAACUACCGCGAUAGACAAGCACCUGAUAAUCACCCAUGUGAAGGAGGAUAAAGUAUAUGAAGUCCUACUAUUAUCUGAGAAUGAAGCUCUUGAACUGUUUUGCAUGCAUGCUUUCAAAAGAAAAUCUCCGGAGAUAGAUUUUGAGGAAUUUUCAAGUGAAGUGGUGAAGUAUGCUGAUGGACUCCCUUUAGCUCUUAAAGUUUUGGGUUCUUCUGUUUAUGGACGAAAUAAAGAGCAAUUUAGAGACAUAAUUGAUAGGUUGAAAAAGAUCCCUAAUGAUGACAUUCUAGGAAAACUUAAAAUUGGUCUUGAUGGGUUGAAUAAAGAUGAGAUGAGAAUAUUUCUACAUAUCGCUUGCUUGUACAAUCAUAGACCAAGUUAUGAGGUGGAACGAAUAAUUAAGAGUUGUGGCAUUCACUUGAUAGGACUAAGACGCCUCAUCGAAAAAUCUCUCUUGUCCAUCAGAAAUGGCUACAUGUUUGAGAUGCAUAGUUUGAUAAGUCAAAUGGGUCAAAAUGUGUCCAGGGAAGAAUACACAAACACCAAACUAUGGCUUACUGAGGAGGUUCAUGACCUUUUUAUUGGAAAGAUGAAAGUCAUCAUGCCUCCUCGUCUCUCCAAUGAAUAG